GAAACCUAAAAGAUUGCGAUCGAAGGGAGAAUUGGGGACGAUGGGCGGAGGUAUUUAUCCUUUCGAGUCCCGGCGGUCUAGACUCGACUGACAACGCCAAAUUCAAUUCAAAAUAUCACCAGACUGAACUCGAGUCACUCACAAGUCAACCACUCAAUCACAUCUUUCCUUCAUACAACCGGAGUACAAACGAAAAAUCCGUCAAGAUGCCUGCCACUGUCUCUGUCCUUUACCCCAACGAGGCCGAUGCCAAGUACAACAUCGACUACUACGUCGAGAGCCACAUGCCCAUGGCCGCGGCCACGUGGAAGGCGGCCGGCGUUCAAUCCUGGAAGGUCACUAAGUACUCGGCAUCCCCCGACGGAAAGCAGCCCAAGUAUGCCUUUGCCGGUAUCCUUACCUUCGACAGCGUUGAGAGCAUCCACAAGGCGCUUGCUUCGCCCGACACGGCCAAGGUCAUGCAGGACGUCCCCAACUACAGCAACAAGGAGCCCGUCUUCUUGAUUGGCGAGGACGCCAAGGAGGCCACCCUUUAAGUGCCCUCACGUGGCAUGAUAUCCGGGACUGGGAAGAGCGAAUCCGUUUUUGAGCAACGAGCGGAGGAAUGGAUCAUGGAGACUGCGCAAAUACGUACAUCAGCUAUAUCGGAAUAGUAGCAGUAAUGAAGAAAUCUUACGACACAUGAA